AUGGCAAAGAAGCGCCAGAACAAGAAGCGAACAUUACCCGAUUCCUAUUCGCCUCUCCCCAUCCAGAUUGCCUCGAUUCGGAUUGCUGCCGCCGAAGUCAUAUCGCGAAUUCAAGCCCCUUCCGGUCAAGCGCCCUCGCUCGCGCCUCUGGCCAUCGCUCUCUGGGAAAUCGCGGGCGGAAGCGAGCGCCUAGGCAUGACUAAACCAGAUGCCAGCAUGGGCAUGGCAUGGGGCAAUACCGUACCGUACUGUAGCACACAGUAG